GCAUUUUAUGAGCCUUUGACCCCCAUUGUUGUCACAUCUACUUCUGUCUGUCCACCUCUGUCUGAAAAAACAGAUGACCCUUUCCUCUGUUUCUUACUUUUGUCUUCCACCAAAGUUCAACUCUGAUAGAAGCAUGUAAGAAUGACAAGGAAUAGAAGAGAUAACAAACUCUCAGUUCAUGGAAGUGGUCAGAACGGCGUCGGUUGGAACCAUCCCAAGCGUUGUUCUACGUCUUGGACAGGUUCUGUUCUCAUCUGCUUCGCUUCUUUUCAUGUGCUUCAACGAUGACGACGACUUCUACGCUUACACUGCCUUCUGUUAUUUAGUUACAGUGAUGGGUUUAGUAACACCAUGGAGCGUUACGUUAGCCCUACUUGAAGCUUACUCCAUCAUCGUUCAAAAACUUCCUUUGCAAGCAACAGUUUUAUCUGUCAUCGUCUCUGGAGACUUGGUUUUGUCGUUUUUAUCGCUGGGAGGUGCAUGCUCAACGGCGAGCGUGACCCUAAUUUUGAUUGGUGCUGGAGAGAAGCAUUGUGAUCGGUACAAGUUAUCGGCGACAAUGGCGUUCUUGUCUUCGUUUCUUUCCUUUGCUUCCACUUUCUUUAACUUUCGUCUUCUCCCUUCUCUAUUUUCUAGUUAGUCAGAUUUUGUUUCACCAGUUUAUAGUUAUUUCUCUUUUUAUAGUUCAGAGAAACGUGAUAAAAUUGUAUCUUUGUAGGAAAAGAAUAUAUUCGAAUUGUUUCUCAGUGCAUACAUUAUAGGAUUCGUAUUCUUAGAUAUCCUAAACUCGCACCAAUUUUAUAGUUGUACUAAAAUAUUUGAUCGCGCUCACCUAUAUAAUAUAAUCCGAUUAGCUGAACUUUUAUUACUAUUUAUUCAGAAAAAAACAUAGGUCUAGUUAAAACCCUACAUUCUGUAUUUGUUUAAUUCAAUUAGCAAAUGUCAUAUCGGAUGCCCCAUUAGAACACUGUAUUUAUAGAAAACUGUUGUAGCAUUUUAACUGUAACAGUUUUGACCUUGUUUCUUGUUAUAUACUAGUACAUAGUUGGUAAAGCUUAUUGCAGCAUUGCACAUGUGUCUACCGAAACUUUCUAAACUAUAUCUGCACCAAACUUAUCAAAGAAAACUAAUAGUGACAUAAAACAUAACAAUUAAAAGCCAGGAAAGUAACUUUUUAAUGACAAAAUAAAAGCUUAUAAUUUGCGUAAUACGGUCCAACUAAUAGUGAAGUAAUCAGAUUGUUUUUAUUAAAAAAAGUAAUUAGAUUCUUAACAAACAAGUUUUGUCAAACACCCAAGCUCAACUGUGAGCCAUUAGUAGGUCAAAAUCUUUGUAAUCAAAUUGUUUACAUAUAGUUUUGUCCUUUUUUGGUAAAAUUUGGUACAUAUAGUUAUUAGUUCCAAAAAGAAAAUCAUAUUCAGAUUUUAAAGUGAGACUCAAUAAUCAUUUUCAAUUAACAACAUCAAUUUAAUAUGAUUAAACUAUGAUACCAUCAUACCAUUAGAUUACCCUGAUCAUGAUGUUGAGAAAAUGUAUAUUUCUCUUUCUAAUACAAUAGACGGGAGGGAGGCAUAUAGACCUGAACUAUAUCCUAAAUCUUAAGUGUCUGACACAUAUGCAUCGGGUUUGCAAAUAUGUGGAUCUGAAUUUUAAAAUAUGCAUUUAUAUUAGCAUACAUACAGAUGAAUCCAAUUAAUCAGAAUAUAAAUUGUACAAUUUCAUUUUAUUUGCUUAUAGAUGAGAACCGAUUUUUGGAUAUUAAAAUGUUUAAUUUUGUUAAUUAAACCCACCUGCUUGUUCAAGUGCAUGCACAUACAGAUUCACGUGAUCCGUACGUUCCUAUAGAUUUUAUAAGAUACCCAAAUCAAUACAUAAACAAUUUUCUUAAAAAAUUAACAUCAUAUUAAAUCAAUCAUUUUAGAAGUAAGUUUUACUGCAAAAAGCUAAGUUAUAAACCUGUUUAUGUAAUAUUUCAAAUAUUUUGUAAGUGAUCAAUCAAAGGAGAGGAACCCAUUUAGAGUGUGUUUUAAAAUGGCUUUUUUAUAAGAAAGUAGUAAUUAAAAAGACUAAAAAUGAACAAUUUUUUUUUAUAUUACUCUAAAUUUUACAUAUCAAAAUUAUUGAUAUGCAUAUAUAGAAUGUUGGGAAAAAUCAAGACCAAAACAAUAAUAGUCGAUACUUCUAUGACCCAUUUAAUAUAAAGCGUCCAUAACUAACUAAAAGAUAAAGGGACCCAAGACAACCUUGCAUGAUGAUGAAACUUUGAUUCUAAAUUUCUAUGUAAGUUAUAAGGUGGGAAGUUUCAUCGUAAUGAAGAGUGUGAGCUUUUUUCAAUGUAUCUAAACACACAAAACAAGACCCAAAAAAUCAAUAUAUUCCAUAUCGUAUGAAACAUAUCUUUUAGCUUUAGAAAAUAAUUAAAAUUGAUCAUUUGGAUAUUUCAAGUAUGUCAGAUAAUAAGAAACUCCAAUAAUUUUUGUUUAAAUAGUAUCGUAAAUUAUACAAGACGACAUAUAAAUAAAAACAAGCAGGGACCGCCAUGAUCAGUGCUGAUUGUUUUUAACUAAUUCCUUAUGAUUAGUUAUUCUGAUGUGAGUACAAAUCAUUAGUAAUCCAAUAGAGUACUGGUGCACAUGUUAAACGGGAGCUUUCACCUCUUCGACCCACACCAAAAGAGAGAAAAAAACAAUCAUUUCUAAAAACAGAGUAAAUGGAAGCCUAAACAAUAUCUUCACGCAGCUUAAAAAUUCACAUAACUUUGCAAAUGGAAUAAUCGACUGAAAAUGUUUGAACUGUUAUGGUGGGAAACAAAAACGAGUCAUCUCAAUUCAAACCUAACUGGUGACACCUAGAAGGCUUAUAUCUAAUCAAAUAGAAUAUGUUUCUUUAUUGAGAUAUGUGUAAUUUGGUAGUUUGAUAUACUGAUGUAAAAUAGUAUUGUAAGAAAAAAGUUUUGGAAGUCCAAGUAAGCAUUCUUUUGCUGGUCAAAGAGGUGAUAAUUGAUUCGAUCUUCUCAUUUUGUGGGGUGAGACCGCAAGAGGAGAGCAUCCAUGAAGCUUCAUACAAAAGCAUGGAGCAUGUGACAGUUCUCUUUUUCCUCUACUUAACAAACCUUUCAAGUAAUAAAUCAUUAUUAAAUUUCACAAGUGCAUGUAUAUUUUAGAUUAUUUACAGCACAGAAAAGUUAUUAAUAGAAACAAACACACGUAAUUACGACAUAAGUAUCUAUAAUAUAGAACAAAGACAUUAUUGUGUACAAAGUAUUAAAACACAAGUUAUGAAUGUAUUACGACUAACAAGCAUUGCUUCGACAGUCCAGCAUCAUCUUUUUCAUCUGACUUGUAUGUAAUAAUGUUUGAAAAUUUAUUUUUUAUUUUAGAUUUCUUCAUUGAUAUACUGUAAUAAAGCCAUUUCCUAACAAGCAAGAAAUGAUACUAUACAUAUUAGAAUAUCAAACGCAUAUUGAGCAUAGUGUCCAUAGUUUAUAUUAACUGAGAGAGUUUAGAUGAUUAGUUUCAGCCUGUAACGAUCCAUUAUUAGGCCAUAGUCAAAUCGCUUAUUUAUUAUUACAAAAUUUAGAGCGGUCGUUUGACCCAAAAGAACAUGAAAACAAUUGUAGUAUACUAGUAUUAGCUAAACGCUUCAUUUCUGGCUGGCAUCGGUGUGAUAGUUGACAAUUAACCACCUAUUGGCCGACGCUUCAUCCAAAUUCCAAUAAACAACCAAAUAAAAUUUGAAUGAUACACAUAAUUCUGAACCACAUACACCGAUUUCUAUUUAUUUUGACUUUGUUGUAUUUGAAAAGAUCAUAUCAGAAAGCAUGAACAAUAACGAGCGACGUUAACAGGCAGCCAGGGGCGUAACGAGCUUUCGCCAACUCCAUUAAGAUUGUCCGACUAUUGUGGGACCGAUAACAAUAUGUGGCAUCUCAUGACUCAUGAGUCGAAAGAAGACACGUGGGUAUAAGUCAUCCGGCCACGUCUACCACUGGACACUUCUUCUCUUGCUAUUCUUACACUCCCUCGUUUAUGCUCCGUGGACUCUUCAGCGUUUACGUAACUUGUUACAUAAUCUAUAGUAUACUUUACUACGCUCAAUCAUUCUCAUUUGGUGGUAUAAAACAUAAAUUUAUAUAAACAAUGUAACGUUAUAAAGCAAAAAGAAAAACCUUAUGAUUCAGGACGAAGUUUACGUCCAAGGACUUGAGACAUUGAAGUUCAGUAGAUCAAGACUAACUGCGCGGUGAUUGUAAUUAUGAUCGAACGGUUAUAUAAAUCAUCUUAUAAAUUCGUAUAGUCGUGUAAGGAUACAAUCCAAUCACUAUUUUACAAGCUUUACUGAAUUGUAGAUUCCGAGAGAUACUAACAAAACCCGAGAACUAAAGAUGGUGGGUGAUUAAAUAUUACUACUAGCUAAUUUCCCAAAACCAUGCUCAGAGUCUAUGCAACUUGUUAUCACCUAACUCGCAUAUAGAAUAUGUUCUCGGAAGUGUAUAUCUAUAUUUCGAUCAAGAAAAUCAGGUCAUGUUUUUCUUACAUUCACAAUCAGAUCAUUUUAAAACAGCUACUUGAUAUAUUCUCUUUAGUUAUCGUCGUUACAUGAAUUUAUGUUUUUUUUCUCCCACCUUCCUUUUUUCAUUGAGUAAAUGCCUCUACGUAUAAAUUAGAAAGGUAAAAUAGUAGUCCUUACGCAACCUAAUUGGUAAACCAAAACUGCAAACAGAUCUACUUGCAAGGAAUAUGUGAAACCAUGGUCGCAAAAGAAAAAAUGCCUACUAUAUUUAGCUUAAGUCAUGGCCACUUUGUUAUAUUCUUUAUUAUACACUGUUUCAGUACGCUUCAUUAGCUACUUUGUUUUAGAAACAGACCACCAAUAUAUCAUAAACAAAGCGUAAAUGAUCAAAACAUUUAAAUGUAUAUAUAUAUAUAUAAUAUAAGUGAAUUAAAUCAAAACACACGAUAAAAAAAAUUGUAGGGAAAACAACACAUGUUAUAUAUCUUGAUGAAUUAAAGGAUCCGACAGCUUAUUCCCCAAUCAAAAUCAAUGAGUUAAAAGUGACAAGAAAGUUCAAAAUUAUUCAGAUGCAAAAAUGGUAAUUAAUAUAUAUAUUUAAAUUUGUAACCUAGUCAUAAAGGGCAUCAAUAAAAAUGGACCCUAUUGUUUUAUGUCGGAUAUUUAAUUUUAGAUCUUUCAUCUUAGUAAGUUAACCUACCAUUCUACCCCACACGCAUUUUUAUCAAUGUAGUAAACUGAUAGUUUACCUAUUCACAAAAUAAGUGUGUUCUUCAUAAUACACUCAUAAACCCAGCUAUUACACGCAUAUUUAUUUUUUUAUAGACAUCACAUAUACUAGUCGGUACUCUACGCAUUGUUAAAAAUAAUGUUACAUGUACGUACGCGCGAAAACAGUUCUAUUUAAAGCUUCAAAGGUAACUGAAUCUAUACAAGAAAGUCAUAAUAAUUAAGUGCAGUCACUGACAUGGUAAUUAUACGUAAUAAUAAUCAUAAUAAAGUGGUAAAAAAUAUCUAUAAUUUGAGUGGACAAAACCGCAGACAUGCGACUCCAAGGCGAUUAGGGUUUUUUACUUUAAUCUGCCGCCGACGGUGUGGCCUCUCGCCCACCGGUGAGAAUCUCUUCUGUCUCCCUCCUCUUCCUUUCUUCCAUGGGUUUGAUGCUGCUCUUUCGGGGUUCAGAGUCACUGUUGCUCCUUCCCCCACCUCCUGAGCCACCGCCGUUUGUUUUUCCUCUAGAUCUACUCGCUGGGGUCUCUGCUCCCGACCCUCCUGAUCCUCCCGACGCUUCUGUCACUCUCGUCACACUGGAUCUGUCCUCUUUCCCCUGCCAUUGUUUCACCUUAGCAGCUGCGAGGUCCCCUCUUCAUUGUACAACAACAUCCGACUCAGUCUGUUUGCUGAUUGUUUCUCUUGGAGUGAACCUUGUCAAGCCUCUGCUUCUCCCUACCGAUGGUUACAGGUUUCAGAUCUAUAAUUUCAUAUGGGGAAAAAUUCGUUUUUUCUUCCUGUUCUUAGGCAGAACUUGGAAAGGUAUGACCCUUGUGAUCCGUCUAGAUGUUUCUAUUUGGGAUGGAACAUACCUUAGAUUUGGAUUCCUUGUCCUCCGUAUAAGAAACCAUUCACGAACAUUACCUCAGUAUGAGGACCUUAUGCUUCUUGGUAGUCAUUGUUUAACUCAGUACGAAGCUGUUAGGCAUUUGUUUUGCCUUCCUUUACCUCAGUAUGAGGUUCACUUACCUCAGUAUGAGGUUCACUUACCUCGGCAUGAGGUUGUUGUUCGAAAUAUCUUUUUGGGCUCAUUACAAUAUAUUUGUGUGUUGGUAGUCUUCUCUGAUGUUUCAGGUCUACAACUCAAAAAGAUAAGCGAUGGAUUUAAAAAAGCCAACCUUGGCUUCGUAGUUUCAGACUUGUUUGUCUGGCCGUGGUGGUUCUUGCAACUCUACACCUCAUUAUGGUUGUGGAGUUCCUCACAAUUUCAAGGCUCAUCAAGAUGGUGCUUGAUCACCUCUGUAGCCAAGUUUCUUGCUGCUCUCUAUGCAUUUGUUGCUGCAGCAUGUUCGGGUAACAGUUCACUGAACGUGUUCUCCAAUUCCCGUGGCUUCAUCUCACUCAGUAGCAUUCAUGGUGUUUCACUUUUAAGUUGCUUGUGUGUUAUGUUUGCUUUUAUCUAUGUUUGUGUUAUCCGUUUUGCUUUUGCAGCGGUUUAUUUAGCUAAUGUGGCUGUGUUAUUGUUUCUGUUGAACAAUUCCUCCAUUGAUGGAGUCUAAGUUUUAUUAAUGAAA